GUUGAUGGUUGAUGUGGAUGGAUGUUGACCACGCUGUCUCUACUGCAGAGGCGUGGCCGGGCGCGAGUGGGCGUGGUGGGCUUUACCACGUAACGUUAGCUCCUUCUUCCUCGCUUUCUUCACUACGUAAGGCUGACUUGGAGGGAAGUGAACGUCGCUAAGAAAACAAAAAAUAGGAGACGAGGGCAGAAACAACAACUACCCCCAACAGCUGCCACAGGAGCAGUGAAGUGUCUUCAUGGCAGUUCGUCGAGGACACAUUAAGUACUUAAAAGUCGACCUGCAGGAGGUGUAUGACAUGUCUAACGGUUAUGAAGACCACAUGGGAGGGGACGAGGGGAAGGACGCCAAGACCAACCUGAUAGUGAACUACCUGCCGCAGAGCAUGUCACAGGACGAGCUGCGGAGCCUCUUCAGCAGCAUCGGGGAGGUGGAGUCUGCCAAGCUGAUUCGAGACAAAGUCGCAGGCCACAGUUUAGGGUACGGAUUUGUUAACUAUCUUAACCCUAGUGAUGCAGACAGAGCUAUCAGUACACUGAAUGGACUAAGGCUACAGUCCAAAACUAUCAAGGUUUCAUACGCACGACCCAGUUCUGACACAAUAAAGGAUGCCAACCUGUAUAUCAGCGGCCUGCCAAAGGCCAUGACCCAGAAGGAUGUGGAGGACAUGUUUUCACGUUUUGGCCACAUCAUUAACUCCCGUGUACUUGUUGACCAGGCCACAGGUACGACAGGCUCAUCCCGCGGGGUGGCUUUUAUCAGGUUUGACAAGCGGGCAGAGGCAGAGGAUGCUGUCAAAAACCUGAAUGGCCAAAAACCACCUGGAUCCUCUGAGCCAAUCACAGUGAAAUUUGCAGCCAACCCAAACCAGGUGAAGAACACACAGAUCAUCUCUCAGCUCUACCACAACCAGUCCCGACGCUUCGGAGGGCCCGUACACCACCAGGCACAGCGGUUCAGGUUCUCCCCCAUGGGCGUUGACCACAUGAGCAGCAUGGGAAGCGCCAGUGUUCCUGGAAACUCCACCUCCGGCUGGUGCAUCUUUAUCUACAACCUGGGCCAGGACGCCGAUGAGAGCAUUCUUUGGCAGAUGUUCGGCCCCUUUGGCGCCGUCACCAACGUCAAGGUGAUCCGAGACUUCAACACCAACAAGUGUAAGGGCUUUGGCUUCGUUACCAUGACAAACUACGAGGAGGCAGCCAUGGCCAUUGCCAGCCUGAACGGCUACCGGCUCGGAGACAAGAUACUGCAAGUGUCCUUUAAGACCAGCAAGGGCCACAAGUAGAGGGCAACAAUCGGGUGUAGAGGAGAAAUGGAAAUGACGUGCGCCAGCUUUUACAGCAGCGAGCAGAAGUAUGAGUUUUAUAAGUCUGGCACAUCUGUUUUGGUUUUAGUGUAUUCAGAUGUUAAACAACAUGUUCGCUCUUCUGCACCUUUGUACUCGUCUAAAGAGUGUCUAGGCUGAAUCUUUUUUCUUUUCUUUCAACUUUCUACUCAUGCUUGGAGCUUGAGGACACUUGGUAGUUUUUACUUUUUAGUGAAGGGAUGGAGAGGGAAAAAUCCCAUCAUACCACCAAGAUAACUUUGUGAAAAUUAUCUAAAAAACUAAAAUUCAGUUUAUGUGUUGCAUGUUUAUGUGGGGACUAGAUAAAGGAGACACGCCAAUGGUUCUGAGACGUGCAC